CCAUUCUUAGAUAUGUUCUUUAUCUGUUAAAUAGAACAACGGCAGCUGCGAUCAAUAGUGUUUCUCAAACAUUGGUUAAAUCAAUACGCUAAUGAAUCCAUUUGUUUAUUUAGUUGGCGUCCACACUUUUCAUUAAUUAGGCCUACAAGUAGGCCUACUUAUUCUUUAGUUACUGGUAACUAUUCCAAUACGAACUAGUAUAAAUUUCAAUUUUACUAUUAACUAUUCAUUGAAUGCAAUAGCUCUGAACAAACUCCUGCUUUGUGGAUGCCUCCACCUGAGACUUAACCCCUGACAGCCAAGGUAGAUAGGGAAUACUGGGAUUAAAACACAACUCCUGCAAUGAUCAAACAUUUAACAAUGAUUCAAUUACAAAGUGAUAAGAGGCAGCAGAGAGAGAGGUCAUGUUUCCCGAAGCUCCGCUAGGCAUUGGAAAAAAACUACUUAAUUCAUCGUUCAGAUCUACUUUAUUUUAUUUUAUUUCAUGAUCAUGAUACUUAAAAAUAUAUAGUUAGUUUCCCAACAAUAUAUAGUUAGUUUCCCUCGUCCUCUCGAUUCAACAAUACAUUUUGGCACUUUUUAGGACUCCCGGAUCAGACUGCAGCAAUAGCCUUGGUCUUUCCUAUCGCCGACAUGCGUCUGUACUCGGAUAUCUCAGACUGGGAAAUGCACAGACUGCACCAAACUGCGACAGACAGUGGCUUUAUUUGAAACGAGACUAGCAGCAUUAGAAAAAUGCAAAGGACUCCUCCAGGAUACAGUGCCGAUGGGUGAGUUUGCUGAGCUAACUCAGACAAAUACACAAGAUGAUCAAAGCUACACUGUAUCCUUCCCUAAGCAGAGAGGCGGGCUGUGCAUGCGUCGGCCACCCGUGCACCCCUGAGCCCCGAGAUGCGUCCGGACGGACGGUUUGGACAGAGAUGGAACAUGAACCAGUCGCCACAGAGACGAGCUGCGCAUGCGUCUGCCACCGCCACCUCAAGCCAACAAGGGCCCAUCUCACAGAAAGCAGAGGUCUGGCUUGGGAAACAUGAAACGCAGAAUGAAGACUUGCAGUUCGGAUGUCAAAGCAUCCAGUAAGGCCUCCACCGGGAGACGAAGGGAGAUCACAAACCGGAAACGACACAAGUCUGACAAGACUGACCCGACUUCCUGCAGCCAUAUCCCGGGGAUCCCUCUGUCGGACAAACUGUCCCUCAUCAGCUGUGAGUGCCAGCGGGCCCCCAACAGAACACGCUGCACCGCCUCACCCCUGCCUCAGGAGGAGCCGGAGGGCAAGGAGAACGAGGAGAGGAGGAGGAGGAGGAGUGGUGGCUGCAGGGCGAGCUGUCUCCUGGAGAGCGGAGAGGACCAGGAGAUGGGUGGCGGGGAGGAUGACGUAGGCGGGGCUGGCGGUGGCGGCGCUGAGAGCCUCUUCCCCGAUGACGACAGCAACCAGAUCCUCCCCGUUGAGCAGUUCUUUGGGAACCUGGAGGCCAUGCAGGACGGGCUUCCGAUAGCGGCGUCAGGAACUGGGGCCUCGCUCCGGGCCCCGCGGGGGGAGCACCAGCAGCGGCGCCGGCGGCACUACUUCGCCCGGGUUGACAGCGAGGAGGAGGAGGAGGAGGAGGAGGAAGAGCAGCUAAGCGACGGAGACAUGCAGCUCAGCCACCCAGGGGACAGUUAGUUGUGGAGCCCGUACAUCCUCCACUCUGAACGGAAAUCUUUUGUUUGCCCGUGUAGGAGGGCUGUUACAUCGUGGUAGUUAUAGCGUAUGUGCCAUAUUUAUAUUUCGUUAAGUGGAACCAUCUUUUGGAUCUGAUGGGCCAUUAUUAUCAAUGUGGUUUUUAAAAAUAACUUUUAUAUCGUCAGAAAGGUGACUACAAUAUCAGGGUUUGGGUUGGAUCAACCAAAUGAUCAGCCCUUUUGUAAUCUUGUUUAAAAAGGAUCCAUGCAGCACUUAAUCCUAAAUUUAAGUCAACGAGUCCACUGCCAAGUACAUAUCAAACGGCCUUUUGUUUGUUAUCGCCUCAUCUCCUCAGAAAGUUGUUGCAAAAUGUAUUUAGAAGCAGUGCGGCCAAGAGCUGUGAUCCUGAAGCGGUUGAGGCCUUUCGAUGGCCUGGUUGUUGUCCCUUGUAACGGUGGCCCUAGUGACCGGCCACAGGUCCCAGAAGACCCAAACGUUGAAGCCAAUAAUCAACGCAGGCCACUUUCCAAUCCAUCCAUCCAUCACUGCGUUGGGGCAGCUCAAUGACGUUCACUGUGUGUAGUUCAACACUGAAUCACACGAUACCGGGGCCGGGGUGGUGGUGGGGGACCACCCUUUCAUGCAGUCCCGGAUUUAAAGACUUAUGUUGUAAAGUUUUAUGAUGCCCAAAAAACCGUCAAUGGAGGACCGCCAUUGAACCCCCCCCCCCCCCCCCCAAGAAGAGAACAGGAACAUGUGGCACACGCCGCAAACACCAAAGAACAUGCAAUACUAUAGUUAGGGAACGGACCACCGCCAGCGUUACAAACAAAUGACAUUUUUAUUUUAGCAUGCCGCCUCUUGCUCAUCUCUGCUCUGUGUUCCCCCGAGACAUCAGCGUCUCGCUCCGCUUAUAAUCCUUUAUUAAUGUGUGUCGUGGAUGCGAGCCUUUGCUCCGUCGGCGAGUUGCCAUCUAUGAGAGGGCAGACGUACCGGAGCAUGCCUUCAUCAGCACUUACUUUGGCUCAGUCCAGUCUAACUGGCUGGGUCUCGCUCAUGUGUGUCCUUCAUUCACCAGAUGUGAUCUGAUUGUGCAUUUUCAGUCCAUUUCAAAAGGUGUCCAUUAGAGAGCUCGCAAGUAAUCACCCAGAUGUAUGAGAGAUAGGUUCAGGUGAUCCCCGAUUACGUCCUCCCUCCCAGGUAGACUGUGCCAAUAGCAACUUGUGAUUUCACUGGUGGAUAGAUAUUGAAAUGGCUCUUAUAUAAAAAAAAAAAAUUCCUCUUUUAAAGACUAAAGACAUCGGGUCCCAUAUUUCUUUGUGUGAAACGGAGCAACCAGAUCUUAUUGGGAGCGACAAGAUUUUUGAUGGAUCUCGUUCUUUGACCUGACAAGAAUGUGAUGCAUGCACCACAAUGUCCUGAAUGUAACUGCCCUCGCGAUGGGUCAGGUCUGCGAGAGCCACUUUGUACCUGCCAUCCAUUGAGAUUCUAAAUCAUUGCACUAAAAAAUUACUAUUCAUAUUAGCAGUAAUCUGUUGUAUAUUUUAUAAUUGUAGAGACCAACCAGAUGGCAUUAUGUUUGUAGUCUUGAUUUAACAUCUGCCUUUUAUUUAUGCUUAAUGGUUUGUUUAUAUGAAUCAGCGCUGCUUGAACGCAAAUACGUCCAAUAACCAUAAUAGUCCAAGAAUGUACUUUAUUGUUCCAGUGCCAAACAAAUAAACGGCCCUGCCUUUUUUUGCUUGGAAGCUCA